AUGGCUCUCAAGGUCCGCAUUUGCGGAAGUUUGUCGGGCGAAGAGUUAGCACAAGUAAAGGCUGCGAAGCACUGGAGCAUCAAACAGCUGAAGGAGGCCAUCGCACGCGAUCUGGGCAUCCCGGUCGCAGAACAGUUGUUGCUUCUGCCUGGUGGUUUGCCCUUGGAACACUUGAAUGGAGCUGAACUCGGAGAGGUUCUGGCUGGAGGUCUCUCGAGUGAAAAGGAGAUGCCGGAGGUGUUGUUGCAGCGCAGGGAUCCACAACGUCUUCGAGCAUUUGAGGCAUUGCAAGCAGGAUCCUUACUGGAGGAAGUGAAGCAAAUCUAUCCAGGCUGCUGCAGUGAUGCUGAGAUAGCUGUUUAUGCCGUCCAACAGAGCAUCUACAACUGGCAGUACGUGUCCGCAGACAUGCGCAUGUCACCAGCAGUGAUGCUGGAAGUGAUCCAACAUGACAGGUCGGCACUGCUCGAUGCACCCAAGAGUUUGCGGAAGAACUCAGAUUUUUUCCAGAAAGCUGUUCGGGUGAACGUGGCCGCACUGGAGUACGCGAGCGACUCCGCGUUGUUGGACGAUGCAUUUUGCCUGGCAGUGGUGGCGGCGAACUGGUUGUCGAUCAAGUAUUUACCCCAAAAGGCUAGGAACAAUCGUGAGGUCGGCCUUGCAGCUGUUGCUCAAAAUGGCCAUGCGUUGCAGUUCUUAGGCUCCCAAUUACGUGCUGAUGCAGAAGUGGUUCGUGUGGCUGUGCAACAAAACGGUGCCGCAUUGGAGUUUGCCGCCGAGGAAGUGUGCCAGAACUCAGAAGUUCUUCUCACAGCCAUUAGAAACAAUCCCAGUGCCUUGCAGUGGGCGUCGCAGGGUCUUCGCCGCAGCCCCAAGUUUAUGAAGUCUGCUGUGCAGCAGAAUGGUUCGAGCCUGCAGUUUGCCAUCAAGGCAUUUCGAAAUGAUCCUGAAAUGAUCAAACUGGCAAGAAAUAGGAAGCAAGAUAAGCAAGAUCUGGAGCAGCUUCAGCGGAACAGCGGAACGAAUCCAUCACCUCGAGCAAGGGUCGCUGGAGUUGAUGGCAGGCUUUUUGUGACCUUGACAGACCUUUUGGCAAUUGCAGCCUGCUCCAAAGCGCACCGGAGAAUACGGGAGGCUUGUUUGGCGCUGCUCGGAAGCCGCGCCGGCGCCACGAAAAGGGGUUCCGGGUUCCGAGGGAAGAGAUCGGAGGACCCGCGACGAGGAGCGACCAGCAACUUCCGGUUCAAUGGACGGGUCUUGGGCCCAAAGAGUACACAAGAAGAUGUCUUCUCUGAGGUUCAAGGGCUGGUACAAUCUGCCAUUGACGGGUACAAUGUGUUGCUCGCCACCGGCGGAACCAAAUUCUCCGGGAAGACGCACACCAUGUUUGGCCCUCCAUUCAAGAAGCCGGCACCUGGCAUGCCAAAAGAACGAGAUUGGUCAGGAUUAGCCACUCGGGUGGCCAAUGAGAUCUUCACCAUUCAGGAGAGAGAUGAUUGGCGUGCUUUGUUGGAGGUGGAGAUGCAAGUGGUGGAGAUCCGGGGCGAUCGCACCGUCGACUUGCUCGGUCGCACCUCGCGACCAGACCUCAAUGACACUCGCUCCGGGCAUUUGGCAUUUGCUGGGGCAAUGCUCUUGGGCGGUGGAGGCGAGUCGAGCUUCAUUGACGGUGCGUCCAGCAGGCGAAUCUCUGACAGGAACGAAUUCAUGCGGGUCUUGAACUCCGCCUUCACCGCCACCGAGGGAGCUUAUGCUGCCCCGAAGUCGCCACGAACGCCAGCCUCCACGGUGAGCACCGCUCGGGGUGAGCCACAUGUCGUGGUUGCUUUGCACUUCACAAGGACCAAUCGCGCCACCGGUGCGGCGCUCCGCAGCAAGCUGAUGCUGGCCGACUUGGCUCCCAUGAGCAGCCCAGCUGCUGGCGGCACCAUUGGCUCCACCAAUAAGGAGGUGGCAGCUGCUUACCACGCCAUAGAGGCGGUGAUCAAGUCCAGCCGGAGGGAUGGCCAGGCAGCCGCCCAGUCCACCGCACGGCGCAAGCACGUGCUGGGCCAGAUUCUUCGAGAUUGCCUUUGCGGCAACGCACGUCCUGUCUUCCUCAUGACAUUGAAUCCCAGUCCCACAGAGAAGGUACACACGAUGCAUGCCGUGACGUUUGCAACCGCUUUAGGCGGGCGUUCGGCCAGAUAG